AUGGAAUCUGAAGAAGAUAAUAUUUUUCUUGAUGAAAAUUAUAUUGUUGAAAAUAAUUAUUCUGAAAUUAUUGAUGAUAAUACUUCAGAUAAUAUUAGCUCUAAUCAAGAAAGAGAUGAAAUUAAUUCCAUUAAUGAAGAUAAUAUUAGUGAAAAUGAAGCUAAUAUUAGUCAAGCAAAUGAAGAAAAUGUAGAUAUGGAUACAGAUGAUAAAUCAAAUUUUAAAUCUAUUGUUCAUCAACAUUUUACUUUAGAUAAAAAAAUUAAGAAAUAUAAAUGUAAUUAUUGCAGUUCAAAGUAUAAAAUACCAAAAGAUAAAUCAACAUCUGCUUUAAAAAGACAUCUUGAAAAAAAACAUAAAAAUAUGAUUACAAAUGAGAAAAUUACAGGAGCAAUGGAUAAAUUUGUUAAAAAAGAAGAAUUGAAAAUUGGUAUAAUGAUUUAA